AACGCGGCCCCCGCAUGAACAACACCCCCCAGCUCUCUUCGGGGCCCACCCUCAUUUCCAGCAGCGUCAAAGGUCCUGGUGGUGGCGGCGGCGGCGGCAGCAUCUUCGGAGGGGGGAUGAGACACAGCAACAGCCACUCCUCCUUCUCCCACUCCUUCCACAACCUGGCGCAGCUGCCGCCGUCCUACGAGCUCGCCAUGAAACCCGAGAUCAGCCGCUACAGCUCCCUAAAGAAGCUGGAUUAUUUUAAGGUUCGCAUGAAAACAGAGAGUGGAGAUCAGGCAGGCUGUCAUGAUUCUGUUAGAGAGGUCGACAUCGUGCCCAGAGGUCGGCCUCACACUCUCCCUGCGCUGAUCAAUAACACAUACCACGCCCACGCCACCGGAUCUGUGGCGCUGCACACGUCUCUGCCAACUGAACCGGCGCUCUCCAGUGAACCUCCGCCGCGGCAGCAGGAGAUUUCUGUGACUCAGCUGCCGGAGCGGGAGAACGAGCCGAACGUGAGCGUCCUGACCACACUGGAGAGACGCUUCAACCUCCAGAGCGCCGAUGUGGGCGUCAUCGCCAGCAGCUUUGAAAUUGGCAACCUGGCCCUCAUCCUGUUCGUCAGCUAUUUCGGCGCCAAGGCCCACAGGCCGCGCCUGAUUGGCUGCGGAGGGAUCGUCAUGGCGUUGGGGGCCCUGCUGUCGGCCCUGCCGGAGUUCCUGACUCAUCAAUACGAGUACGAGGCCGGGGACUCGUGGCAUGCCGAGGACGGCAGGGACGUCUGCUCGAACAUCACGCGGUCAGAGAACAGAGACUCGGGCUUUAAAUGUGGAAACAGAGCCAACACCAACAUGAUGUACCUGCUGCUGAUUGGAGCUCAGGUCCUGCUGGGCAUCGGAGCCACGCCCGUCCAGCCUCUGGGCGUGUCCUACAUCGACGACCACGUGCACAGGAAGGACUCCUCGCUCUAUAUAGGUAUUUUAUUUUCCACGUUGGUGUUCGGCCCGGCCUGUGGCUUCAUCUUAGGUUCUGUCUGUACCAAAGUCUACGUGGACGCAGUCUUCAUCGACACCAGUAAGCUGGACAUCACCCCCGAUGACCCUCGGUGGAUCGGGGCGUGGUGGGGCGGGUUCCUCCUAUGCGGUGCCUUACUCUUCCUGUCGGCCCUCUUCAUGUUCGGGUUCCCUCAGGCGCUCGAUGAGCAGGACCUGGACGGGGGAGGGGAGAGCGAGCAGGCCAUGCUGCCCCCCCCCCUCUCCAUGGAAUACCAGGGCGCCAAACCCAACGGCGCCAUCCACGGCUUCGACAUCAACAGUGGACUGUCAGUGUGUGAGCACCUGAGAGUGAUCCCGCGGGUGACCAGGCACCUCCUCUCCAACCCCGUGUUCAGCUGCAUCACGCUGGCGGCGUGCAUGGAGAUCGCCGUGGUCGCCGGCUUCGCUGCCUUCCUGGGAAAAUACUUGGAGCAGCAGUUUAACCUCACCACCUCCUCAGCCAAUCAGCUGCUAGGUAUGACCGCCAUCCCCUGCGCGUGUCUGGGGAUCUUCCUGGGGGGGCUGCUGGUGAAGAAGCUCAACCUAUCGGCUCUGGGAGCAGUCCGCAUGGCCAUGCUGGUCAACCUGGUGUCCACCGCCUGCUACGUCUCCUUCCUCUUCCUGGGCUGUGACACCGGGCCUGUUGCCGGGGUUACCGUCGCCUACGGCAACGAGACGUUGAAGUCGUGGCAGCGGCCUGAGUCGGCGUGCAUCAACAACUGUAACUGCUACACAGCGUCAGUGAGCCCUGUCUGCGGGUCCAAUGGAGUCACCUACCUCUCAGCCUGCUUCGCUGGCUGCACCAAACCAAACCUGACCGGCUGUACGUGUAUAUCCAGCUCCAGUGAGGAUGCCGUGGCUCUUCCAGGAAAGUGUCCAAGUCCGGGCUGUCAGCAGGCCUUCCUCACCUUCCUCUGUGUCAUCUGUGUCUGCAGCAUGAUCGGAGCCAUGGCCCAGACGCCCUCCGUCAUCAUCCUCAUCAGGUGA